AUGUCUCAAAUGAUUGAGCCAAUCCACUGCACCCAUGCCAAAAAUACAACUGCUCACCCUGGUCAAAUUGUACUGGAUGCCCAACAGAAGUGCCAGACACCCAAAGCAAAGGCAGCUGAUGAGAAGUGUCUCAAAGCUGCUCAAGAAGCCAAGGAAGCACUGGCUGUGGUGGGGCUUAACCAGCUUGCAGAACUGCAGGCCAGCAUGGAAGAAGCCCAGGCGACAAUGACAAAGCCCAAGGCUGUCAGGCCACAUCCUUUACCUAAGAAGCAUGGUAUCAUUAUGAGGGCACAACCAGCAAGGGAGGAUGCUGAUGAAGAUUUCCUGGCAAGUGACGAUGAUUCAGGUGAUGAUGGGAGGAAAAAGAAAGGAGGGAAGAAUGCACGGUUGCUAAGCAAUGCCAUAGUCAAAGCUCACAAGAACUUAUUCACUGCAAAGGCUGAUAGUUGUGAUCAGCCAUGUGUGAACAAGAAAGGCAACUCCUUACCAUGA